ACACUAACAGAGUUAGACCAACUGAGAGAACUCCAGCCUUCACUCCAAAGCCUUUGCCUUCAACAUGAAGAUCUGCGCAGUGCUUCUGUGCCUGAUGCUCAUAGCUGUCACUGUCAGCCCAAUGGAGCUGGCUGGGUCAGAUGAGCCAUCCCUUCAAGUCUGCUGCUUUUCUGUAACAAAUAAGAAGAUCCCCCUUCGGAUACUGCAGAGUUAUGAGAGAAUCAAUAAUAGCCAGUGUCCCCGGGAAGCUGUUAUCUUCCAUACCAAACGGGGUAUUUCUGUCUGUGCAGACCCCACAGCGAAGUGGGUCAAUGCGUACAUGAAGAUCCUUGACCAGAAGUCUCAAAUUCUGCAGCCUUGAACCUUCACACCUGGGUUGAAAGCCAAAGCCGGGAGUUCUCCCCUAAUCUCCAGGCAGAGAGAUGUUACAAGCAGAUGAUGCCUGGGCUGGGUGUUUCCUCAUGCUUGUCUCUCAUAUGAGCAACUAAAAUAAAAGCUCACAUUGAUUUGCAAAUGUAA